UUGACCAAUCAUUACAUAAAUCUAUUUCUAUGGGCGGAAACCUGUCAAACAGAACCAACAGAAAGCGGUUUUACCACUUUCUUUUUUUGUACAACUUCUUCGGUUUUGUACAAUACUCGUUUCAUUUAGCCGCGAUUGUGUUUACGUGCGUUGUCAGGAAGAUUUGUGGCGUAACCCGUUUAUUUCCGUAGCUCCGCGGGUGGAUCCAGCCUGUGCCGGUGUGUGUCAGAGGCCGGGACCAGUAAAGGCUGCAGGGAUGUCCCACAACGACGGCUCCGCUAUCGGCCUCUUGUCUUACGAGACAUUGGUGCAUGCCGUGGCCGGGGCAAUGGGAAGUGUGACAGCAAUGACAGUCUUCUUCCCGUUGGACACAGCCAAGAGCAGACUGCAGGUGGAUGAGAAACGAAAAGCCAAAUCCACUCCAGUCAUCUUAGCUGAAAUAGCAAAGGAAGAAGGCCUACUGUCAUUGUACAGAGGAUGGUUUCCUGUUAUUUCAAGCCUUUGCUGCUCAAACUUUGUCUACUUCUACACCUUUAACACCCUCAAGAGGGUUAUGGUUGCAGGCCCACAAAAGUCUAGACCUGGUAAAGAUCUGCUCAUGGGCAUCAUAUCAGGUGCAGUGAAUGUAAUCCUGACCACGCCCAUGUGGGUAGUCAACACGAGACUCAAGCUCCAGGGAGUGAAGUUUAGAGACGAAGACCUCCACCAGACUCAUUACAAGGGCAUAUUUGAUGCAUUUUCACAGAUUAUCGCUAACGAAGGAGUGGGAACCCUGUGGAAUGGCCUUGUGCCUUCUCUCAUUCUUGUCAUGAACCCUGCUGUACAGUUUAUGAUUUAUGAGGCCAUGAAGAGGAGAGCAGGCAAAGGCGGAAGAAAGAUUUCUUCAGCUGAAAUUUUUCUCAUUGGAGCUAUUGCAAAGGCCAUUGCUGCCACAGCCACAUACCCACUGCAGACAGUUCAGGCUAUUCUGAGGUUUGGUCAGUAUAAAGGUGACGGUAAAGGUGGUUUCCUGGGAAGCCUGUCAAACAUUAUAACUCUGUUUUUGGACAGAAUAAAGAGCCAUGGUGUUUUGGGGCUGUACAAAGGACUUGAGGCAAAGCUGCUUCAAACGGUACUCACUGCUGCUCUGAUGUUUGUAGUGUAUGAAAAGAUCACUGCUGCUACAUUCAGAGUUAUGGGCAUAAAGAGGAAACUCAAGUGAUUUCCACAUGGCAGUGAAUUAAGUGAAAAGGUUUACUUUUAACUACUUUAACAAUGCCUUGGUAUAAAACUACCGACCUCUUAAUCACAGUGUGUCUUAUAUUGUACCAUUAACUGUGAACUUGAUUUUUAAGGUUUGCUAUUGUAAAAAUCCUAAUGAACUAAAUUAUGUCACAAAGAGAAAAGCAGUAAGAUAAAGCUCUGAUUUAUACUUGUGAAAAAUGCAAGUUACCUUUUUUUUCUGGAGUGUUACGCUGCAAUUUUGUAAAUGUUUGGUAUGACAUUUAUAAAAGAAAAAUAAUUAAUGUUAAUGCAUUAGGUAAUGUACUUUUUGUACAAAAUAGAUAUUGGAAAGUAAUUUGGUGUGUGAUAAGUGUACUUAUGCCUACUGUCCCCUACUGGUCAGUAUGAACUUUAACAGAACUGUGUGAUGAGUAACAAACUACUGUGGCGGCAGCUUGCAGCAGAUUUUACAAACAUUAUUUUUGUCAUAAUUUAUUUUACUUCUCUCAGUUUUGUACGUUUUUCUUGGACACCUGCUUAUAGGUGAUUAUUUCCUAAUUAUUUGAUGAAAUAAUUUUUUAUCAUAAUGUGGUUAUGUUUGUCUUUAAAAUGAUUUUGAUUGAGCAGUUGGGUACAAAUUUAAUUUUAUUCACACAAAAAGUAAUUGGACCAAAUAGAAUAAACUUGUGUGCAAGUA